CCGGAGGGCGACGUGGGCCGCGAAGGCCCCCGCUGCCGGCCAUCAAGGAAGCGCGGCGGGCGGCUGGGCGCGGUGUGUGUCAGGCGGUUCCACCAUGUCGAAGGUGUCCUUUAAAAUCACGUUGACGUCGGACCCGCGGCUGCCGUACAAAGUUCUCAGUGUUCCUGAAAGUACGCCGUUCACAGCAGUGCUAAAGUUCGCAGCAGAAGAAUUUAAAGUUCCUGCAGCUACAAGUGCGAUUAUUACUAAUGAUGGAAUAGGAAUAAAUCCUGCACAGACUGCUGGGAAUGUUUUCCUGAAGCACGGCUCAGAACUGAGAAUCAUUCCUAGAGACCGAGUUGGAAGCUGCUAAUAUAUGCUUGUUGGAACACACAGCCUUUCAGAAUAAAUACUGGUAUUUGUNGUUGCUGUACAAUUGAAAUCAGGCAUUCACAAUACAAUGAAAGCACCAAGAAUCAACNGAACAGGGAAAGCGGGCGCUUGUCCCUUCCUGUUCAUUUUUUUCAUGGAAAGAGAGAAUGCCUUUGAGUGGAGGGUACGACACCACAGGUCACACUGUGGUGACUGCUGCCUCACUGGGAGAAGAGAGUACCUCUGAGACAAAUGGACUGUGCUUUAAAACAAAAACAGCACAAUGGGAGGAUGAGUGCCAACUCUUUUCAGGAGCAUUGGGAAAUUCAAAUUCACAGAAUUGGAUGUAGUUUUUAAUUUUGAAAUUUAAAAGGAUAAUUUAUCAUAGAAGUAUUUGACUUGACAGCAUCUCCUAGUUAGAUUUUUAAGUUAUAUAAUUUGUGAUGAAUGUAAUAGGUAUUUGAAUGAACAGUUAAAUUUAUACAAAACCAAACAUUAAAUUAUAGGAUCUAACCAUUAUGAGUAUAAGUCGCUAUUGUCCGUCAAAUAGUUUGGAUAGUAGAGAUCUUGUGAAUCCAGUAUGUCGUGGUGGGGACUGACAGUGCCACAGAAGCACCCUUAGCUAUAUUAUGAAUUCCUUGAUAAAUAAUAAAGCUUUAGGACAGAAAUCCUUAAAUCCAGUCUUUUUGAGGAUUCUAUUUUUGAGCAGCAUCCAAAAGUAUUGUUGCAGAGAUGAUCUGAAGCAUUGGUGGGUGUCCUUAAUGAAGAGGGAACUUUAAAGAAGCUGUUAAUAUAGUCACAGUGGAUAAGGAACCAGGGAUGCAAAGAUAGCCAAGCCCUUCCCAGAAGAGCAGAGGGAGUGAGGAGGAAUAGGAGGCUGGCAGUGUCCAAAGGCAGAGGUCAGAGAACGAAGCUGCAGCAGGGGUGGGAAAGUGUGAAAGGGAGAAGAAUACUGGGCACAGGGUCAGAAGGCCAUGCACAGGCAUCAAAACUCACCGUAGCCAUCUACAGGGAUUUACAUAAGAUUUCAGGGUUGGCACCCUGUGCCCGGUACUCUUCUUCUUCAGAAUGAAGGAGAUUACCAACUCCCCAGGGUCAUCCUCUAACCUUACGCAGACACCCAGAUGUGAGCCAUUCCCCUCCCACCAUAACUAUUUGCCUUUACACAGAAAGUCCAUGUCUGGCACAUGUUUCAGGAUGAAUUAAAUGCUGACAGUGACUGAGUGAGAGCCAGGCAGCUCUGCUUUAGUGGGUUAGCUCUUUGGACGUAAGGGGUCUGUCACAUGCUCCUUAGAGUUAAAGAUACGAGUUCUCAAUAAAUAUUUACUGAAUUCAUAAAUAAUGUCUUCAGGACCAGUUUUUAUCUUGUGUCUCAUAGUCCCUAUUACAGGGCCUUACUUGAUUUGGAGGUGGGGCACUUGUAAGAGAAUUAGGGAUUGGCAUCUGAAGGGCUGUCUUAAUAGAUGAAGGAAUUGUCAUUGUCCACAGGUUUGUGGAGCACAUUCUGGGGUUCAGAAUUAUGUAGCAAUACACACCUCAUGUUUGCUGGGUUUUUAAGUUUAUGUCUAGUGCCCAGAGACCUUAUUCCAUAUACUAUUAGGCUUCUGUUAACCAGACAUUUGAAAAUAUUUGCUACCUAAUUUUGCUUACUAUUAAAUUUCUUCCAUUCUGCCUUUGCACAAAA